AUGCUUACCAAAACGUAUGAUAACUCUCUUCAGAUGGCCGCCAUUCGGAAGAAGUUGGUCAUUGUGGGUGAUGGAGCCUGCGGCAAGACUUGUCUUCUGAUUGUGUUCAGCAAGGAUCAAUUCCCGGAUGUUUAUGUGCCCACAGUCUUCGAGAAUUAUGUGGCGGACACAGAAGUCGAUGGGAAACAAGUAAGAGUUAGCGGUUCAGAUUUUAUAUCAGUUUAGGUGGAGUUGGCAUUAUGGGACACAGCAGGCCAGGAGGAUUACGAUCGACUACGGCCUUUGAGUUAUCCAGACACAGACGUUAUUUUGAUGUGUUUCUCUAUCGAUUCACCCGAUUCAUUAGAAAAUAUUCCCGAAAAAUGGACACAAGAGGCAAGUAUACAUAUAGCAGUGUUCCACAUUAGAUUCGCCUAGAACUUCUCGAUUGUUACCGUAAGACUGUACGGUUAGAUCAAUCCUUAGCAUACUCGCCACUCUCUUUCUUUUCUCUUUUCUUUCGCCUUCGAACUCUCGAUUGCACAACUUCGUGUCGCAGUUUCCAGUUGCUGCAGCGAUUUCCCGCGAAAUUUACGUUUUGGCAAAAGGUUGUCGCCUUGAAUCUUGAAGGGUUGUCGCUCACUUUUGAUGAUAAAAAAAAGAAAAUUUGAAAUUUCACGGCUUCGGUAACGGCUGAAUUGAAAACUGUUUGCACUGUGCGGAUUUUGGGGUUUCCACUGUGGAAUUAACUUGCUUAGGGGCUUGGCUCCGGCCAAUUCUCAUUGUUUUUGAGUGGUUGGAAAGUCAAUUGGCGGCUUCGGAAUCUCUGAGUUUUUGCAAAAACCAUUUUAUGGCAUAAAACUAGUUUCCCCGGAUCAAUUUUAAUUAAUAAUGUUUGCAGUCGUUGAUGACUUAUAAGAAACAAUUAAUUUUAGGUGAGGCAUUUCUGCCCAGAAGUCCCAAUAAUCUUGGUUGGCAACAAAAAAGACAUCCGGCAAGAUGAAGAGGCAGUGAAGGAGAUGAAGAAGAUAAAUCAAGGUCCAAUCAGUGUGGAGGAUGGACAGAAGAUGGCUCAACAAAUCGGUGCAUAUGCUUAUCUCGAGUGCUCAGCCAAAACUAAAGAUGUAAGUUCAGUUUUAGUGGUAAUGUUUAUCUCUUUACUCACGACGAUUGGUAAACGAGGAGAAUUAUGAUUCUGCAAUGACUUGAGUUCUAUUUUUUGGCACGUUUUUAUUUUUUGAGUUUCUUUUUGAGCAAAAGUUGACAUAGCGAGAAUUUUAAGUUAAUUAAGCCCGUCAACGGUAUAACAGAGUUAAAUUAAAUGGCAAAGUUAUAGGCGGAAUUGUGAGGGAAGUUAUGAUGGUUAAUUACGUUUAAGCCGUUUGCCCUUUAAUGACCACAUUAUUAAACUUAUUAUGUUUCAGGGAGUAAAAGAAGUCUUUGAAACGGCGACCAGAGCAGCGUUGAUGACCAAGAAGAAACAGGCAGGGAAAUGUCAACUUCUCUGA